CUUCGCAUCGGGAGCCGAUUAGUCUAAGUGCAACUACAGCCGUCAGCGGACGUGGGCGCACAAUCAAUUUCCAUACGUACGAAAUCCGGUAGCCAAGUGACAUCACCAUGAGCUCAUCGUGUCAGCUGGUGACUGUGGGCGUUCUGCUGGCCAUCUGUUCCCUGGCCCAGGGACAAUUCAAGACGGCAGGCAUUAAGACACGGCAGCCGCCAUCGGGAAACCUCCAGCUUGCCGGCAAUAGUAGUCAGCUAGGAUGGAGCAGCUACAACCAGAGCAGCUACGGCUGGAGUCGGAACCAGAGCAACUAUGCCUGGAACCAGCAAAACCAUGUGGGCCAGGGAUCAGCUGGAUUUGUGCCCGCCGAGACCUACCAACCGGCCACUUUGCCGCCGCUUUAUGGCCACUAUGUGCAGCCGGUGGCUCCGCCGGCUCAUCGUGUCCAGGUCCUGGAUGAAACGGCCCUGUUCAUCAACAAAACCCGAUCUGGGAUGGCCAGUGGUGUGUGCUUCAAGGAAGUUCCAACCGCCUCGCUCCUGCGCAAUUCCCGGGAGCAGUUCGUUGGCAACGGCACCACUCCGGACAUGAGUCGCAUCCAAGUCUGCUGCGAUGGCUAUGAACGAAAUCCGCACAUCUACCGACGCUGUGAGCCGAUCUGCGCGGAUGACUGCCGGAAUGGAAUCUGCACGGCUCCGAACACCUGCGUCUGCAUUCCCGGCCACGUUCGCAACUCCGAGGGCAAGUGCAUCUCCACCUGUCCCCUGGGCUGCGGCAACGGAGUGUGCGAUGAGCGGAAUGAGUGCAAGUGCCGCGAGGGAUACACCCUGGAGCCGGAGACUCGGAAGUACUGCCAGCCGGAAUGCAAGCCCGGCUGCUCCUUUGGACGCUGCGUGGCGCCCAACAAGUGCGCCUGCCUCGAAGGAUACCGCCUGGCCGCGGACGGAUCCUGCGAGCCAGUGUGCGACAGUUGCGAGAAUGGCAAGUGCACGGCUCCCGGACACUGCAACUGCAACGGAGGCUACUUGAAGCUCCAAGGACGCUGCGAACCUAUUUGCUCCAUACCCUGCAAGAACGGACGCUGCAUUGGACCGGACAUUUGCGAGUGCGCUUCCGGUUUCGAGUGGGACCGGAAGUCGGCCGAGUGUCUGCCCAAGUGUGACCUUCCCUGCCUGAAUGGCGUCUGUGUGGGUAACAACCAGUGCGAGUGCAAGACCGGAUAUGUGCGGGACGAGCACCAGCGGAACAUCUGCCAGCCCCACUGCCCCCAGGGAUGCCAGAACGGUUUCUGCAGUGCGCCCAACUUCUGCAUCUGCAGGCCGGGAUUCAUCAAGAGCGGCAUCAAAGGGCGCCAGACCUGCCAGGCCGUCUAAGUUAGCCUAAGACACUUUAUUGUUUCAUUCAUUCCGUCUGGGAUCAGAAAUUAAAUAGACGCCCGAUCAGGGCAUUAAACUCGUAGGCAA